AUGGCCAAACAACCUAUGCGUCUUCCCCCUAUCAAGGUGUUGCGUGUGAAGCAGCCCAACAAGCAAGCCGCCAACCCAUGUGUGCAGGUCAUGACCUCCGUUCUCGCUUGCUGGGCCUCCGCAGGCUACAACACACAAGGCUGUGCCGCCCUCGAGAACUCGCUGCGUGCCUGCAUGGACAAGCCCAAGGAGCCCAAGCAGGCUUCUUCCACCAUCAACUACCACCUCGGCCGCAUGUACGACCGCGUGAUCCCUCACAAGAAGGACAUCAAGCCCACCAAGGGCAACCAGUGA